CUUCUGCCGGCCAUCGUGGGCAUUCAUUGCAGGCGGCGCCACGCUCGUCCAUUGAAAAGAGCGGGUGCACGGUGCACUAGCCAGUGUAUAUAUUGUAGACACUAGCGCGCGUAUAUUGCAGCAGCUCGCUCGGUGUACUUCUAAGCACCAGCUGGUCGCCCAGCAUUUCAGAGUAGCGAUUGUACUGCUCGGACGAACGCUGGAAACCGCUUCGACUGGAACGCUUCGACUGGAAACAUGACAGAUAACAGCUACGCUGUCCAGCAUUUUAGCGUCUCGCCCAUGACUAUCGUCAACGGUGUCUACGAUAUCUGGUUUGACUACACAGGAAAAUGCCUGGAUGACCUCAAGACUGCAUUACAGGACAAGGCAUCCGGCCGCAUACCUGCUGAUAUGCUGGGAGCAAGUGUCGAGCCCAUUUUUCAGGAAAUGGUCCCUGAAUUUAACAAGAAUGCUGACAAAUUAGAGUGCACUAAACCGGAAUGUCCCGCCACCUCCCUUUGCUGUGGCCAUGCCUGGAGCUCUUACAUUGACAUCACACAAGCCUCCCCUGAACUGCUUAUGCAGGACUUCAUGCAGCACAUGACGCAUGUGCCAUCGCAUGUGCUGCUUCCGGAAGAUGAUGUGCAUCGGCAGUUUCCUGACGAGAGGAGACCGAGCGUGUCCUCCCUUAGGGCCCAGCUCGGGUCGCUGCACAGGCGCAUUGCUCAGGGAAGACUGGCCUAAAUUCACCGUGAUGGUUCAGUGGCGCUCGCGUGGCACUGGAGACUGCACGACAGCAGGCCCUUAAGGAAGAGCUGGCCCGAAAAGAUGUUGUACGAGAACAACUACAAGCCCAGCUGCGGAUCGUUGAGGAGGCGGCUCAGCAAGCAGCUGAAAUACGCAACAAGACCACCAUGGUGGCAGCAGCGGGUGUUGCCCGUUCGCACCUAGACACUUAAAGGGAUAGUGAAUAAAAAAAUUUGUCGCCGAGA